UGACUUCAUUUGUUGACUGUUCGUGGAAUCAUCGCAGACCGGCGCAAUGUCAUUCCUCAAGAUCCGAUAUUUUCUAACAUGAUGUCAGACAACGGAUCUUCUUAAAACAACCCAGACGCAUGAACAUCUGUCCGGAUGAUCAGGCGGGAGAAGCACGUCGUUGUUUAAUGUGUUUAUCUUGAAAGAAGGGAUAUUUUUUUUGCCAACUCGGCCGAGAAGACAGCUCAUGAAGUUCUUGCAGGCCUUUCGUACGAAGGUUGGAAAGCAGUGUCUGUGAACUAAACAUGGCUGUGUGGCGACAGUUUGGGCUGCUUCUCUGGAAGAACUAUCUCCAGCAAAAGCGUCAGAUUUUGGUGACACUGGUGGAGAUCACACUGCCCCUCCUGUUCUCCGUAAUCCUGAUUGUACUACGUCAGAAGGUGUCCUUUACUAACUACCCCAAUGCCACACAUUACGAUAGCUUCUCACUGGAAUGGCCACCUACUACCCUGCCUUCAAAAUUGCAACUUGCCUAUGUGCCUGCAAAUUCCAGUGUAGUACGCCAGGUGGCUGAGGAUGUCCAGCUCAGCCUGAAACAUGGCUUCAUCAGUGCAGUGCGUGGGUUUGAAACUGAGCAACAGUUUGAGGAGUUUGUGAAAACAGAUCCUGAAUCAGCAAAGAUCCUGGCAGCAGUGGUGUUUGACCACUCCUUUACUCAAGAUGAUGAACCUCUUCCACUUCAGGUCAGAUAUCACCUGCGCUUCACCUAUAGCCCCCGAAAUGCUCCUACCAAAGAAAAAUCAGAACUAAAUCCAAACAAUGACCUUGACUGGCACACUCUCAGCCUGUUCCCUCUCAUUCAGCUACCUGGACCUCGAGAGCAGCAUGACUUUCAUGGGGGAACUCCAGGGUAUUAUCGUGAGGGCUUCCUAAUGAUCCAGCAUGCUGUGGACCGAGCCAUCAUGAAGGCCUACAACAGGACUGCAGCAACUGCCCUCUUCACUCAGACACGAGUCGUUCUGUCACGCUUCCCAUACCCGGCUUUCAUCUAUGAUGUCUUUAUCCUGGCCAUCCAAAACGAGCUGCCCCUCCUGCUGGUCCUCAGCUUCACCUACACAUCUCUCAACAUCGUCCGAGCCAUAGUGCAGGAGAAGGAAAGAAAACUCAAGGAAUACAUGAGAAUGAUGGGGCUGAGCAACUGGUUGCACUGGAGUGCCUGGUUCCUCAUGUUCUUCAUUUUCCUCUCCAUCUCCAUCUUCUUUGCCACCUUGCUCUUCUGUGUCCAGGUGAGUCCAAAUGGAGCAGUGCUGACCUAUAGUGACCCUACAUUAGUCUUCGUCUUCCUCCUUGUAUUUGCUGUGGCUACCAUCAGCUUCUGUUUCAUGAUCAGCUCAUUCUUCUCCAGAGCUAACGUUGCAGCAGCAGCAAGUGGUUUCCUCUACUUCUUUAGCUACCUGCCAUACCUCUUCCUGUGGCCACGUUAUGACCUGCUUUCCCACACUCAGAAAGUGUCUGCCUGUCUCAUCUCCAAUGUGGCUAUGGCUAUGGGUGCCCAACUUAUUGGCAUGUUUGAAGGCAAAGGCACAGGGAUCCAGUGGAGUAAUCUAUUUGAGCCUGUAACUGUGGAUGAUGACUUCUCACUAGCUCAAGUUCUUGGGCUCUUGCUGCUCGACGCAAUACUCUACAGCCUGGUGGCUUGGUAUGUUGAGGCAGUCUUCCCCGGCGAGUAUGGAGUGCCACGGCCAUGGUACUUUUUCGUGCUGCCCUCAUACUGGUGCAACAGCCCUCGAGUUGCCCUGUUGAAGGAGAAGGAAGAAGAAGAGGAUGCAGAAAAAGCGCUGAAGGGCGAGUUCAUUGAAGAAGAGCCAACUGGAUUAGUCGCGGGGGUCAAAAUCAAGCACCUGGCCAAGGUUUUUAAAAUGGGCAAUAAGACCAAAGAAGCUGUGAAGGAUCUCACAUUAAGUAUGUUUGAAGGCCAGAUCACGGUGCUGCUAGGACACAACGGAGCUGGAAAGACCACCACUCUGUCCAUGCUGACUGGCUUGUUUCCUCCUAGCAGCGGCAGAGCUUACAUCAAUGGCUAUGAUAUAUGCCAGGAUAUGGCACUGAUCCGCCGCAGUCUAGGCCUUUGCCCACAACAUGAUGUGCUUUUUGACAACCUCACGGUCCGGGAGCAUCUGCUUUUCUAUGCCCAGCUAAAGGGCUACCCCCGUGAGAAGAUUCCAGAUGAGGUGGACCGCAUGAUACGUAUUCUAAAUCUGGAGGAUAAGAGGAGUGCACGGUCAAAGACCCUUUCAGGUGGAAUGAAACGCAAGCUUUCUAUCGGAAUUGCACUUAUUGGAGACUCAAAGGUGGUGAUGCUGGACGAGCCUACCUCUGGCAUGGACCCAUCAGCCAGGCGGGCCACAUGGGAUCUGUUGCAGGGUGAGAAACGAGGUCGCACUAUCCUUCUCACCACACACUUCAUGGACGAGGCUGAUCUUCUAGGAGAUCGCAUUGCUAUAAUGGCUGGUGGGGAACUCCAGUGCUGUGGCUCACCUCUCUUCCUCAAGAACAAAUACGGUGCUGGCUACCACAUGGUGAUAGUAAAGGAUGCACUGUGUAAUGUGUCAGAGAUCAGCCGCCUUGUCCACAUGUACGUGCCCAAUGCCACCCUGGAGAGCAGUGCAGGGGCGGAACUUUCCUACAUCCUGCCAAAAGAGAGCACCAACCGGUUUGAGCUUCUGUUUGCUGAGCUGGAAAUGAACAGAGAGGAGUUGGGCAUCGCAAGCUAUGGAGCUUCUGUUACCACCAUGGAGGAAGUUUUUCUUAGGGUCGGGAAGCUGGUGGACUCCAGUCUAGACAUUCAGGCCAUUCAGCUUCCAGCCCUGCAGUACCAGCACGAGCGCAGGUCACAUGACUGGACAGUUGAUGAUACUAGCAGUAUCAGCGGCAUGACUGAUAUAACGGACUUCACUGAUAGUGGCACAUUGAUCUCAGAGGACUGUUCCAACAUCAAACUCAACACAGGGGCUAAGCUCUACAUUCAGCAGUUCUACGCCAUGUUCCUAAAGAGGGCUCUGUAUAGCUGGCGGAACUGGAAGGUGAUGGUGGCACAGUUUUUAGUGCCACUUAUCUUCACAGCAGUUGCCCUUGUGGUGGCCCAAACACUUCCUGGAAAACACAAAACCCCAGAACUUCCCCUAGCACUCAGUCGCUAUGGCCCCACCUCUGUGCCCAUUGCCCUGGAUUCUAAUGCUGGACCCUUGGUUAUAGCACUUGCUGAAGCCUAUGCUGCCCAGCUUGCUACCCAGAGCGCCACACCAGUGACCAAUCUAACCGACUUCUCUGAGUAUGUACUGAACAAUGCCAUGAGGGAAGGAGGAGCCUUCAAUGAGCACUGUGUGGUGGGUGCUGCUUUUAGUGGCCGAACUACCAAGUUUGCUGAAAUUACUGGGUACUUCAACAACCAAGGCUACCACACAGCAGCUACUGCACUCAUGCUGGUGGAUAAUGCACUGUACAGGCUCUUGGCUGGCCCCAACGCGUCCAUCCUGACAGGAAACAAUCCCAUGCCCCGCAACAUGUCUGAGACAGCCCAGAGUCAGCUCUCAGAGGGUCAGACUGGCUUUGCCAUAGCUAUUAACCUGAUGUAUGGAAUGGCAUCCUUGGCCAGCACUUUCGCCCUGCUCCUGGUGAUUGAGCGCUCUGUGAAGUCCAAGCAUGUACAGCGGGUUAGCGGCGUCUACCUCUCCAACUUCUGGUUCUCUGCCUUGCUGUGGGAUUUAAUCAACUUUGUGCUGCCUUGUCUUCUCAUGUUGGUGGUGUUCCGUGCGUUUGGGGUGAAGGCCUUUGUUAAGGAAAAUCACCUGGUAGAUGUGCUGCUUUUGUUGCUGCUCUAUGGGUGGGCCGUGAUCCCACUCAUGUACUUGCUCAGCUUCCUGUUUACUAGCGCUGCCACUGCUUUCACACGCCUCACUAUCUUCAACAUCAUCAGCGGCACAGCCACGUUCCUUGCUGUCACCAUCAUGACCAUCCCUGAGUUGCAGCUGCAGAGCCUUUCACGUUUACUGGAUAAAGUAUUUCUGCUAUUCCCCAACUACUGCCUGGGCAUGUCUUUUAGCCAAUUCUAUCAAAACUAUGAGACCAUCAGUUUUUGUACCACCAGCUUACUUACCAAAGAAAUCUGCCAUUUAUACAACAUCACCUAUCAGUUGAACUACUUCUCUAUGAAUGAACCUGGAGUGGGCUCCUACCUGGUGGCCAUGUCCCUCCAGGGUGUGGUUUUCCUUGUCCUUCUCUUCGUCAUUGAGCUCCAGUGCAUCAAUACACUUUUCAACAUCUGCAGGAGAUGCAAGAAGGUCAGGCAGGUCAGAGAAGAAGCCCUUCAACCUGAGGAUAGAGACGUUGCCAAUGAGAGAAAGAGGGUUUUGGAAUGCCAGCCUGUGGUGGAGUCCAUGGUGGGCAGUCCUCUCAUUCUGCAAGAACUUACUAAGGUAUACCCAGGAAGUCAGUCUCUGCUGGCAGUGGACCGAUUGUCCCUGGCUGUGGGGAAGGGUGAAUGCUUUGGCCUGCUAGGAUUUAACGGAGCUGGAAAGACGACUACAUUUAAAAUGCUGACUGGAGAUGAGACUGUGACUGCAGGGGAUGCCUUCAUCGAUGGCUACAGUAUCCUCCGUGACGUGAAGAAGGUCCAGCAGCGAAUCGGCUACUGCCCUCAGUUUGAUGCUGUGCUGGAUCACAUGACUGGCCGUGAGACUCUCAGCAUGUAUGCAAGGCUCAGAGGAAUCCCGGAGAAAUAUGUAUUUGCAUGUGUGGAGAAUGUGCUCCGCUCAUUGCUCCUGGAGCCACACGCUGACAAACUGGUUCGCAGUUACAGUGGGGGCAACAAGAGGAAGCUGAGUGCAGGUAUGGCUCUGAUCGGUGGGCCUCCUGUCAUCUUUCUCGAUGAGCCAUCCACUGGCAUGGAUCCUGUGGCUAGACGCUUACUCUGGGAUGCAGUCACGCGCACCAGAGAAUCUGGUAAAGCCAUCAUCAUCACCUCACACAGUAUGGAGGAGUGUGAGGCUUUGUGCACUAGAUUGGCUGUGAUGGUCAAUGGGCAGUUCAAGUGUCUGGGCAGCCCACAGCAUCUAAAGAGCAAAUUUGGCAGUGGAUACACACUGUUGGCCAAAAUCCAUAUGGAGGCUGAUUUAGAGGAGAUGGACCUUCAGCUGUUUAAAGACUUCAUUGAGAGCACCUUCCCUGGCAGUUUACUGAAGGAUGAACACCAGGGAAUGGUGCAUUAUCACUUGACUGACAAAACAUUAACCUGGGCUCAGGUUUUUGGGACCCUUGAGGCAGCUAAGGAGAAAUAUAGCAUUGAGGACUAUUGUGUGAGUCAGAUCUCACUGGAACAGGUUUUCCUGAGCUUUGCUCAGUUCCAGCACUGUUCAGAAGGCGGGAGAAAAUCAGACUGAUAGAAAGAGAGAUGAAGACUCCUGUAGUUUUUCUCAUUUCACGCCUUUAUGUGGUGCAACUUGGGCUAAAAGGAUUCGCUCCAGAUGUUCAGGUCUUAGAAAAGUUAUUUCUUUUCCUCUUACACUGACACACAGGUGUCACCCACUGUACUGCACUGGUAAUGUAGUUCACUAACCACAGAUCUUGGACAGUGCUUUGAGGAUUGGACUAAGCAUGUAUAGUGUUUGUUUAAACUAUCUCUCUCUCUCUCUUUCUGUGUGUGUGUGUGUGUGCGUGUGUGUGUGUGUGUGUGUGGCAGUCAUUGCAAGAAGUGUGUUUGGGUGGAGAUUUUUUCUUUGCCCACACCAAGUACAACAGUAAAUUCUUAAUAUGUUGAGUCUUUGUACCAGUUGUAGUGUCUGGAAGCUUCUUCAGCAAUCCUGGUCUAGAUUAUGGUCUGGACUAUGUGUAAAUGUCUGCAUAUGUAGCGGUUUGAGCUAUGAUAGUUUAUUUGUUUUGGUUUUUUUUCUUUAUCUUUUGCUUCCGUCCUGCAAUUCAUCAUAUGUGUAUUCAAGCUUUCCUGCAAAAAAUAGUCAGCCAUAAGAAUCAAAGUAAAUUUAUAAGCAAUGCCAAGGCAUUCAUAUCUCUAAAAGCAAACACACAUAGCUAUAUUGCAAUACAUAAAUAUUUUGGUUUUUUUAAGUUAAUUUGAACGGUUUGCGAAACUAUUUUUACACACACAGUUAUCUAACACGUAACCUUACAUAUUUGCACUGGAAUCUUUCCUCCAAAUAAUUAGUUUAACUUGUUUAAAAUUCUUUUGCCUCCAUGUCUUACAGAUGAAAAAGUGAACUGUAUUCAUUACAGAUUGCCAAUUUACAUUGUCUUUUUUUGUGUCUCCUGAAAAUAUAGCACAUUCGCUGUACGACCAAACGUACAUAGACACCUGACCAUAACACCCAUAUGUUCUUAUUGAACAUCAUUUUUCAAUAAAACGUUACUGUUACAAUAACCUCCACUCUUCUGGGAAGGUUUUCUACUAGAUUUUUUCCCAUUCAACCGCUUUAGUGAAGUCUGGCACUGAUGCUGGGUGAGAAAGCCUGGUGUGCAGUCAAUGUUCCAGUCAAUCCUAAAAAACUUCAGGUCAGGAAACUGUGUAGACCACUCGAAUUCUUCCACUCCAGCCUUGGCAAACUAUCUCUCUUUGCUUUGUACACAGGGGUGUUGUCAUGCUGGAAUAUGUUUUGGCUCCUGUUUUGGAUCUAGUACAAAGAAAUCUUUUGACUUUUGCUUUCAACUUUGUGGCAACAAUUUGGGGAAGACCCACAUAUGGGUGUGAUGUUCAGAGGUCCACAUAUAUUGCUAUAGUGUAGUAGUGACAGGACCCAAAAAUGUAUAAGAAUAUUCUAAUAACUGAAACAAUGGAAUUAUUGUGAAGUACCUUCACAUGACUACAGUCAAAAUAUCUGCUGCUUCAGGUGUCAAAGCUCUGUGUUGAAAUCUUAUCAGAGUUCUAGUAAAAAAACACCUCUGUUGUGACUGUACAGAUUGGUGGCAAAACAUUUCAAUUCAAAUAUCAAACUGACAUAGUAUAUGUAAGCUUAUUUGUAUGUUGUGUAAAGAAUGGUACCUAGUCAUCCUAUUCACUAUCGAUUCCAAAGGAAAAGUGACACUACUGUGUUUUAUGCACGUACAAAAACUUUUAAUAUACAAUGAUGGAUUAUUUUACAGUUCUGGGCAAUGAAAAACCCUGAAUUACUGAUUUGGGUCAGUGCAUUUUUAAAAAUCUUUAAAAAACAAACAAAAAAGAUUACUGAAAUAUGGCACUCGAGUAUCGACGAUAACUACGCCUAAGCCUAAGCCUCAGCCUCUUCUGUCGACUCACCUAUGACUGCUACAUUCCUAAUAUGUUGACUAACAUUCUGAUUCAUUCAAUGGUACUGCUGAGUAAAUCGUAUAUCAUAUUCCGUUGUGUUUGAGUUGAUGGGUGUGUGUACUGUGUGUAUCCUCCUUCAUCACUACUGGCAAUGACAUAAGGGUCUGUGUACAGGAUUUCUGCUUUUUUUUUAAUGUCUUUAAUUUAUUUUUAUUUGUACUUUUGCACAAUAUAUUAGCAUUCAUCUUUGAACUGAUUGUCGACACUGACACUCAGAUGAACAUUUUUUUAUGGUUCUAACCGAUGAAUAUAGAGGUAGUGAUCUUUUAUGGGUAAAAGGGAAUUAAGAUAUUAUGUACUGUACCAUGAAGUAAUUCUGACUAAUAUGUAUUAAUUGCCAUUUCUAUUUCUUUAUUUAUAUUUUAUUAAAUUCAUUCUGAAACUGA